AUGGGCCGCCUCAGACUCCCCAAUGUCCGGCUCCCGCCACUCCUCUCCUACAUCCCCCGCCCGGCCCUCCACCUCAUUGCCCUUCUCAUCUUCAUCAACUGCCUCGUCUGGGCCGGCGUCGGCAUAACCCUGCAUUACUUCCCCAAGAUGAUCUCUCCCGCUGUCCUCUCCUAUACCUUGGGACUACGCCACGCCCUCGACGCCGAUCACAUCUCCGCCAUCGACUUAAUGACGCGCCGCUUGAUCGCCACCGGCCAGAAGCCCGUAGCCGUCGGCACCUUCUUCAGCCUGGGGCAUAGCACGAUUGUCAUCAUCACUUGCAUCGUCGUCGCUGCCACGAGCGGCGCGUUGAGGGACAAGUUUGAUAACUUUCAGAGGGUGGGCGGGAUCAUUGGCACUUCUGUGUCUGCGGCGUUUCUUAUUGUGCUGGGCGUGGGCAACGCGUGGGUGCUGUACAAGUUGGUCAAGCGAUUGCGGGUUGUGCUCAGAGAGCAGAGGGAACGAAGGAGGAGGAUGGAUGACGGGGAGGAUCUGAGAGCGGAAGAGGAGCAGGAGGCGAUGAAUAACUUGCAGUUGGAAGGGGCUGGGUUCCUGGCGAGAGUGUUCAGGAGGGUGUUUGCCAUCGUGGAUCGGCCCUGGAAAAUGUACCCGCUUGGAGUACUCUUUGGACUGGGGUUCGAUACCAGCUCCGAGAUUGCCUUGUUGGGCAUUGCGAGCAUUCAGGCCGUGCAGGGGACGAGUAUCUGGUUGAUUUUGAUUUUCCCGAUAUUGUUUACCGCCGGCAUGUGUAUGCUCGACACCACCGACGGCGCCCUCAUGAUGGCCUUGUACACGUCCAAGGCCUUCUCGAGAGACGUGGUCGCCAUCCUGUACUACUCGAUUGUCCUUACCGGGAUCACAGUCGUUGUGUCGGCCUUCAUCGGCGUCAUCCAGAUCCUGUCGCUUGCCUACAACGUGGCCGAGCCGACAGGCCGGUUCUGGGAUGGAGUCGAAGCGAUAGGCGAUCACUACGACGUUAUUGGAGGCUGCAUCUGUGGCUUGUUUGUCGUUGUCGGUCUGGCGUCGGUGCUCAUCUAUCGCCCCUGGAGGAAGAAGAUGGAGGACCGGAUGGACGCAAGGAGCAUAUUGGAUGUGGAAAGCCCGGUCACGUCGCCCGCUGCUAUCGAGGAUGGUGGUGCCAUCAGCCCGUAUGCCGAUAGCCCGGUGGUUACGCCCUUGGAGCGGGUGCCGGAGCGGAUUGUUUGA